GCUGUUCUGUCGCUGUGGGUGGAUCCCUGUGAAACACUGAUGUUGAUGAUAAAUUAAUACUGCUGUCAUCUCGAUCAGAUCACAUUCACUGCUUCAUCAUGGACUUCGAUCUGGGCUCAGCUGCUGAGGGUGAUGAGGUGAAGAAGCAGGAGGGCAGCGAGGUGGAGGGGAUCUUUGGGUUUGGAAAAAAGGAUAAAGAUAAAGACCAGGAAGAGAAAGAGAAAGAUAAAGAGUGCAAGGAUAAGGGCAAGGACAAAGAGAGUGACAAGGCAAAGAGUGAUUGCAAAGAAAAGGAAAAAGACAAAGAGUGCAAAGACAAAGAGACGGACAAGUGCAAAGACAAGGAAAAGAAGAAGAAUAAAGAGCACAGAAAGGAGCACGGUCAUGGACACGGUCACGGACGUGGACGCGGACGUGGACGUGGACACGGACACAGAUCGUCCUCUUCAUCCAGUGAUGAGAACUAAAGCUGAAGACGGAGGACAUGAGCGUGACUGGGGCAAGUUGUCACAUGGGGGAAAUGCCUUAAGGGCUUUAUCUCAGUAAAAAUACAGUACAUGCACGUAAAAAAUCAAAUUGCAGAAAUUAAUGCAUACAAAUACAGUGUUUUAUAUGUUGUUUCUAAACACCUAGUUGUAUUAUUUUUCUUAAAUUAGGAUAAUAUAUUUUAUGAAUUCUGUCCUACAAAUUAAAAUUCCAGUUCUAUUAUAUUUUAAUAAAAAAAUGCAAGCUGUAACAUGUUUUUUUUUUAUGUCUAUGACUUUUUUUUCUCACAUAUUUUUUCCAGUUCGUUAAAUAGCCUGUAGUACAUUUUUGAUAUUAUAUUAUGGAAAACGUAUCUAUGUCAGUUAGUAUGUCAUAUUAUAAAAAAAGUUUUACUCAUAACAGAUUUAUCCCUUAUACUGUGACAACAUGCCCCGCUAAAGGUCAACAUGUCAGCAGAACAUGUUUAAUUUGUGACUGUUUUUGAUAAGAUGACAGAAAACGGACCUUUUUUUAAAUAAACUCAAAGAAAAUAAACUUUGUUGGUACAAAAAGUCAA